GAUGUUGAGUUUAACAAAUGCAUUUUUAUUACUUAUUCUUACGCCAUGUUUGGCAUUACAACCCAACCCAAAGUUGCAUUUACUUGCGAUAUACGGUCACUUUCGCCAUUUGCUCGAGUCAAGUAUUGCACCUGGGGUGGAUCUAGCGGUUAAUCACAUCAAUGAUUUGGUGAAACAAGGCGUGUACUUAAAUUUCUCCAUCGAGGUGGAUCAUCGAAGCAUUGUUUGUAAGCCUUAUCCUCAGACCACUCCUGCCUUGGGCGCCGAGGUUUUCUGGAAUACCGAAAUGGAAUUGGCUGGUUUUAUUGGUCCACCUUGCAGCGAUCAAGCUCUGGGACUGGCAGAUCUUGCCGCGGUCUGGAACCUCCCUCUGAUAUCUGGCCUCUCAUCAUCGUCCAUACUAAAUGAUAAAUCCAGGUACAGAACUGUAACACGGACAGGAUUUUUGUCUGGAGAUUCUGCCAAAGCCACCACGGAGUUGAUGAAGGCGUUUGGUUGGUCACAUUGUUCAAUCCUUGCCUUGGAUCACCCUCGAUGGACAGUCUUCUCUAACGCCAUAGCUAGCAGCUUCAGGGAGCUGAAUUAUACUUUUAAAAGUGAAUUGAUUAACCCGUUCGAUAUCCGGAAAGAUGUCCAGGACAUGGCUACCAUAAGCAGAAUCAUCUUCUUGGCAGUUGAUGGAGACACUUUACGUUCUAUCAUGCUCAAUGCGUACGAUUUGAACCUCCUUAAUGGAGAAUAUGCUUUCAUUAACAUCAUCCCGUUCCGUGAUGUCGACAUCUUCGGCAACGAUUCCUGGGAAAGGGGAGAUGGCCGCGAUUAUCAGGCAAAGCAAGCCUACGAAGCUCUGAUGACGAUUCGGGUAUUCGAACCAACCUCCUCUGUUUAUAAAGAUUUUGAGAAGGAGGUUAUUUUGAGACGAGAGAUGAACUAUAAUAUCACAAUGGAUCACGAUCAAAGCUCGCAUAUAUUUCUAGCGUCAGCAUUCUAUGACGUCAUGAUCCUGUACUCAUUAGCAGUCAACGAAACGUUAGCGGAAGGAGGAGACGUAUACGAUGGUCACGCCGUGACACAUAGGAUGUGGAAUAGAACAUUCGAAGGGCUAUACGGACAGGUUGUGAUUAAUGAAAAUGGUGAUCGUGAUUCUGAAUACACACUAUGGGAUAUGACAAAUACGGAAAAUGGUACCUUCGAGAUUGUUGGGAACUUCUAUGUAACGGCAACGGGACUUCGCUACACUCCGACUCCUAACAGAACAAUCUUAUGGCCAGGGGGAGCUACGUCCCCUCCCCUGGAUAGCCCCUUCUGUGGAUUUUUCAAUGAGAACCCCGAAUGUGAAGAUAAAGGUAUCUCAUCGUUGGUUAUUGCAGGAAUCACAGGCCUUUCUAUCGUUCUAGUCGGGACUCUCAUAAUCUUCCUUGUGUACAGGAAGAUAAAGCUGGACACUGAAAUUCUUAGGAUGUCAUGGAAGAUAUCCUGGUCUGAUUUGAUUUUUCCGGAGCAAACCAAGUCGGGAAAUUCAAGAUUUUCAGGCUCAUUUGUUAGCGCACUGAGUGAGAGAGGUAACAUUGUGAAUAAUCCCAAACAAGUGUUUGCUACUAUUGCACACUACAAGGGUCGAUUAGUGAUGGUUAAACGAAUAGAGAAAACGAAGGUCGAUCUAACACGAGCCGAAUUGAAGGACUUCAAUAACAUGCGGCAAGUCGAACAUAACAACCUAGCCCGGUUUGUAGGAGCCUGUGUGGAUAUCCCAAACGUCUGUGUUGUCAUAGAAUACUGCCCUAAAGGGAGUUUACAGGAUAUCUUAGGAAACGACAGUUUGAAGUUGGAUGCCAUGUUCAAGGAUUCAUUGAUAAUGGAUAUCAUUCGGGGACUUCAUUACCUCCACAACAGUGUUAUUGGAGUACAUGGACGACUGACGUCAUCAAAUUGCGUGGUGGAUAGCCGGUUUGUCCUCAAGCUAACAGACUUCGGUCUUCCAAGAUUCCGCAAAUCGGACAUCGUUUCGCAUGAAGAUGAUGCAAUGAUAAAGAAACAAAAGUUGUUAUGGAAAGCACCGGAAGGGCUCCACAAUCCUUCUGUUGAACCGACGCAGGAGGGUGAUAUAUACAGUGUUGGCAUCAUUUUGCAGGAGAUAGUUACUAGAAACCCGCCAUACGAAGAGGUUCGUCAGAUCAUGGAUAUCGAUGAUAUUCUGAUGAAGAUCAAAGAAAAAAGUGAUCCUCCUUUCAGACCCAAGGUGGCGCCAAACUCAUGCCGUCCAGAGAUACAUGCAGUGAUGACGUCAUGUUGGGAACAACAGCCUGAGAUAAGACCAUCCACUGCAUGGCUUCUAUCAACUAUGAAGAAACUCAACAAAAAUUUUUCAGGAGGUAGUAUAUUGGAUAACCUGUUGAAUCGUAUGGAGCAGUAUGCCACUAACCUUGAAGCUCUUGUGGAGGAAAGGACGGCAGCAUUCCUAGAAGAAAAGAAAAGAUCUGAAACACUCCUCUAUGAGGUUUUACCUAGAUCUGUAGCAGAGCAACUAAAGCGAGGGGAGGCGGUCAAUCCUACAUCUUAUGAUAGUGUGACAAUCUACUUCAGUGAUAUAGUGGGUUUCACAACACUCUCAGCGGAUAGUACCCCGAUGCAGGUGGUAGCCCUUCUCAACGAUUUGUAUACAUGUUUUGAUGGAAUUAUUGGGCAUUACGAUGUUUACAAGGUAGAAACUAUAGGCGAUGCAUACAUGGUUGUCUCUGGUCUACCAAUAAGUAAUGGUAAGCUUCACGCCAGGGAGAUAGCUGCCAUGUCCCUAGCUCUUAUUAGAGAGGUUUCAACAUUCAGAAUAUGCCAUAGACCAGAAGAAAAGCUCAAACUAAGAGUAGGCAUUCACUCAGGGUCUUGUGUUGCGGGUGUUGUAGGGUUGAAGAUGCCUCGGUACUGCCUAUUUGGAGAUACCGUCAACACUGCUUCUCGAAUGGAAUCUACAGGUGAACCAAUGAAGAUCCACGUCAGCGAAAAAACCAAACAAAUUCUGGACGAGUUCAAGUGUUUUCAGACUACUCUCAGGGGAAAGGUCGAACUCAAGGGUAAAGGAUCGUAUCUCACCUACUGGCUUCUUUCUAUGGAUGUAUAACAAUACAUAGCUCACCUAGCCUUCAACUACAUGGCCUUCUGUAUUGAGAAAAGGAUUGAUAGCCACUAAUUUGUCACAUGUAGACGUUUCAAUCACCAUUGUGACAUCACAUUGACACAAUCGUGACAACUUCAUACCUAUUAUCAUAGGUAUGCAUGGGGCAUUCACUUAUAAAGAUGAAUUGCAAAUACAGGAGAGCUACAGCUGUCCAUAUCCUGUCAAACAUAAAAUGGAACAGACAGGUACUGUGUUAUCCAUUCUUUAUAAAAAAACGAACAAGUUCUUCUUGACCGAUGGACAUCGCGAAGAGGGAAUAUAUUUUGUGUCCACUGUGCUAGAUCAUGCUGAGACCACCCCGCCAGCCCAGACGAACACAAAUAAAAUUACAUAAGAAAAUCAGACAGUGACAGCAAAGUGUGUGCAUCCCGAUGUUACCAUAGUGUUUUACAUAUAUUAUGACGUCACUCAUCCCAGUGUUGCCACAGUGUGUGUCGUAGUGCUCUCACACAGUGCAUUGAAUUAAUUAUACAAUUAGUGUUAAUACAUUCUACAUCACACUGUUUCAACGAUUGUGAUUGCAGUGUUGCUGCAAUGUGUAAUGAGUCUUUGUAAUGCACCGUGGUUCAUACUGUUUAUAUUGUUUAGAAAUGGGGUUAACACUGUGUCACUAUAUUAUGCCAAUCACCGUGUGAACCACCUAGUCCCCCACGUUCCGUGUAAACUGUAUUAUGUAUACGAUAUAAAUUCCCCACAAUUCAAACUUUAUAUCAACUAUCAAAUCGAUCUUUUGUUAUUUCUUUGUUACCAAUUAGAAUAAAUUGCCGAUGGAAAGGGUAAUUAUAUUUAUGUAUAAAAUUCAUCAGAGCUACAUGCCUCUCUUUAUAAUAUCACCCAUUGUGAUAUACACUGAGAAGAUGUGGGAAACGUGCAAUAUUUAGUCAGAUAUGGGAAUUCUGUUUGACGCCAUUUACACAAGCAGCUUUUACACACUUAAAUAUGUUGGGCAACUCUGUCUACACAACAAUUGGUUUAAACUUUAUCCAAUUCUGGGUAGCUUUAAACCAAUAAUGUGUGCUUUAGGCGAAAACUACACAGUAUUGGUUAAAAUCUGCCCAGAGUUGGAUACAUUUUUUAACCAACUGUUGUGUGGAAAGUAUGUUGCCCAACACUUUUAGAGUGUAUCUUUUGAGAGCGCUUUAAAAAUCCGCAAGAAAACUCCGUCAGUUAUAGUGAGUUUCUUCCAAUUUAUCAUGUCAUAGUUACGUCAAUUGAAAUUGUAUUCAUGCAAUCCUGAUAAUGUUUCGAAAGUAUUUUAGUUGGCACUGCAGUGGUUUGUAUUUGAACAUACAACUCCUCACGUGACAAGCAUUUGUCAUAACAAUCAAUCUUGUUUUUGUUCUUCAAGAAAACAUUGCACAAUUUUAUUGUACUUGAUAUGUGCAGUACUGUAAUGAUUGCAAAUGAUGAUAAAGUUGUAUAAAAGUAUAUUCUAAUAUUUCCUCUCGUUAUCAUGGUUAUUAUAUAUCCUCUGCACAGAGUUGGUUGCAAGAACGUAUAUUUUAGAUUUAGUUUAGACUAUUGGAAUCAAUCAUGGAAAGUAUAUGGAGUGGAGAGGUUGAUUUUAGUUUUAUAUAUAUAUAUAUAUUUCCUAAACAAAUGCAUAUUGUUGCCGAGAAACCAAACGUGAAGUUUGACGGAGAUUAACCAGAUACUGAAACAAGAUAUUUAGACCAGAUGUAUUGCAGUUUAUCAUGCUUAAAGACCUGUUUACACAACAAUCAAGAGAAAAUAAAUGACAAUUGUUUUGUUAACCUUUACAGAUGUGCGGUAUAGUAGGGAUAUGUCUAUUUCAUGUAUAAAAAAUAGAUUGCGUUUUGAAACAGUCCCCUUCCCACUUCCUCCCCACAACAAUAAUAGGUUCUGCUAUGAUAUAACAUUUGUCUCUUAUAAGGCAUCUUUAUGCUUUUUCAAUCUAAAUUUAUGCAGAUUCAGCAUUCUCUCUAUAGCAUACAGUACAUUAAACUAAUUGUGUUCCUCUUGUUGUAAUGCAUACUCUUUUUCUAACUGUUAAUACCGUCGUUCUGGCGACUAGUGUAUUAUAAAUAUUAUUUAAACGGAAUAUAAAAAUGUUGCCCAAAAACAUUAAUUUUGCAAUACAAAGUGUCAUAUUUGUGCAAUACAACUACCAACCCAACAGAAUAUUGUGCAAAGGAGUUUUUAAGAAUUUAUCAUUAUACUAAAUAUAUUGUAUGUAUAUACUGUUGAAUAUAUAUCGUAAAUUUUAGAAGGUACCUCAUUGUCUAUAAAUAACUAGUAUUUUAUUUUGUAAUUUCUCACAUUUCUAUAGUUGUUUGCCUUCAUUGAUACAAUUUGUGCCAUGUCCUUAUGUACUGUUUUAUACCAAAGUAUUAGGGAAUAUUUUUUCUGAAAAUACUUUACAACUUCUUCAUUAUAGAUGUCAACGUUACUAUGCGAGCUUUCCUGAUUUUCUUUUCUUCAUUUCUAAAGACAAUUCUUUAUGUCGGUUUCAAAUUUAUACCGACAAAAAUCCGGGGUUCGAUUCACGGCCACGGCACUUAUGCCCCUGAGCCACAAUGCUUUUUUUCUACAUUGAAUAAAUGCAAAUGCUAAAGGCAUAACAAAAAGUAGAACCACAAACGGUCCAAAUGUAUUCAUUUUCAGCAACACAUUUUCCUAUGGGUGGUUAAAUGUUUCAUCCCGCAUAAAUAUGCGCAGCUUUCGGUUCCGAUUGAAUUACCUUCGAAUACUAUUCCCGCGUAUUUAUAAAAACACAACUGCAUCCGAACCAGCCUCGGAUAAAAUAUUUCCACUAUACUUUCUCAAAUCCGGUAUAUUUGUGUAACACGAACUGAGCCUUUGACUGAAAAAAAGGUUUAAUUUUCCAUGAAGGAAGUAAAUCACUGGAUUAUGCAUGACUUUAUAUUCAUUGCGAUAUUCGACUCUCUAGUUUUCUCAUCUACUCUCUUUCGAGCUCAAUAAUACGGGGUUUGAGAUUUACCACCGGUUUCCUUUUUAGCCUACAAACUUAGACCUGUGAAAGAUACAACGAUCCUAUCAGAUUUGGGGUUAAUAAGGUAAACAAUUGCAGAUAUCAUUAUAUUCAUGGAAAUGGCUCAUUCUUGCGAUGAAAAAUCGUUUGGCCAUGGACCCUUGUUUGACGGAUCAACUUCAAACUCUAUAAUGUACGCGGUCUGUACAUACAUGAGGGACCCCCCCCCCCCUGGGGGCAUUGAUUUGAUCUGAUAUAAUGUCACAAUGUCAAAUGUCAUAGAGGCUGUCUUCGUGGCGAAGAGAUCCAAUAUAUAAACUCCAUAAUUUAAUAAAAAGUUUACGAUCUGAUUAUUAUGAAUGAUCUCCUUUCAUUUAAAAAGCAAAGCGUGGAAUAGGCCUAUAUUUCAAAUCUUUAUAUUGAAGAUGUUUACAAUGGCAUGUACUUAUUUUCAUUCUGGCAUGAAUGUGUAUUACAAUGAGAGACUAUCUUUAUCUUACAAUUUCAUUUUUCGAAGUUUUCUCCCGGCAGUCCUUAUUCGGACUUUAUCUUUAUUCAUUAAAAGUAAUUUCCCUA